GUCAGAGACAGCGGGUCAGUGUUUUCAGACUGUGAUCAGAGUCAGUCUCAGUGUGCAUCUGUGCCAUCAGCUCUAUACAGGACACUCAACUCAUCUGUACGUGUUUCAAGCCUCUAUUCUUCAGCAGCGUUCGGCAGUCCUGUGGAGAACAUGAUUCUGUCUCUGGUUUUGCUGGUUUUAAUUCAGAGUGCCGGUGUCACUCCGGUCACCGUCAGGACUCACAGUCCGAUAGUUGAGGUGCAGGAAAAUUCAGACGCUGAGCUCUCCUGUGACUUUAAGACCGAGCGCGAGAACAAUCCUCGCAUCGAGUGGAAGAAGAAAGAUAAGGAGGUGUCAUUCGUUUAUUUUAAAGGACACUUCACAGGGCCCUUCCAGGGUCGCGCGACCAUCGACGGGGCCACGGUACGACUCCAGAGAGUGACUCAGGCGGAUGCCGGCGAGUAUCGCUGUGAGGUGAGCGCCCCUCUCGACUCCAUCAAACUGGGAGAGACAAACGUCACGCUGAAGGUUCUGGUCCCGCCCCACACCCCGUCAUGUGACGUCCCGAGCUCCGCCCUGACGGGCUCACAGGUGGAGCUCCGCUGUAAGGACCAACACAGCAUCCCUCCAGCCAGCUACACCUGGUUCAAGGACAAGACGGCCCUGGUGCCCGUAUGGCACGCUAACGCCACCUACACGGUCGACGUGGUUACCGGUGUGCUGAUCUUUCAGACGGUCAGCAGAUCUGAUACGGGACUUUAUUACUGUGAAGCCAAAAACGGCGUGGGAUCUCCCAAACGCUGUGAGAGCACACACAUGCAGAUUGAUGAUCUGAAUGUUCCAGCAGUGAUCGCUGGAGUUGUUGUAGUGUGUAUUCUUGUGAUAUUGUGCACUUUUGGAGUGUGUUACGCCCAUCGGCAGGGAUACUUCAGCCGACACAGAGGAAGGUCAUUCUGGAUCGCACAGUGUCACGGUGUGGCGCACAUAAGCAGUCAGAACCUCAACAGAACUGAGCACAUACAACAUUCAGGCUACAGUCACCCGCCACAGGAAUCCCAGGAUUUCAAACACACCCAAUCGUUCAUGUUGUGAUGGAGAACAGACUCUGGAGAUCAUCUCUGGGUUCUUCUCUGCAGUUGGACUGAAAUGCAAUAAUGUGUGAAAUGUUUCUUGCAUUACAUCUCUCAAGCCUUUGAUGGACUGUAAAAUAAACAGAAAGGCUGUUUUGGGAGGUGUUUGAUUCUCUACUGACCCCCAGUUGACCCCUUUCGCAGCCCCUGCUGGCCAAGGGUACUAAUGGCCACUUGCGCCCCCUUGUGGAAACUCUGCAGCAGUAACAUGGAUUGAACAUGUUCCAGUAUGACCUUGUGCCUUACAAGCAGAACCUUUACUACUGUUGGUGAAAUGUUUUUGUGCCUUGUUUAUUUCAACUAAAUAUCAAGUCUGUUUAACUGGAGUGUGAGAAUGUAAAUCUUUGAAUGGCUGAUUUGCUGUAUUUUUUCAGUAUUAUCUUUUUUUAAAUAAAUAUUGAAAGUCUUGAA